GGAGUGUUUUGGCCAAAAUGACCUAAAAGCCUGGAGUACCGUGACCAAUAGGCUAUCGCAUCGUCGUCGUUAAUUUGAAAAAGAAAAAAAAAAUCUGUGUCGCGGACCCCAAGCGCCAUGAUCGAGCUGAAUUCCAUCCAAGUGGACGAGAUCCCGCACAACUGGCUGCCCGUGAUCGUGGACUAUUUGAGAGGGUUUCGCAACGACACCGUGGACUUCAAUCGCCUGCAGCUCCGGCCGUCCGUCCGGCACACGUAUCCCGGUUUUGUGUGCGGUUACAGCGCGCUCAUAGUGGCCGGGGCACUGUGCAACGCUUAUGUGCUGGCAAUAAUUUUCAGAAAAAAAUUGUACUCCGCCGAUCCCGUUUACGUGUACGUGGCCAACCUGGCGCUGACUGGCUUGCUCGAGUGCGUGUCCGUGCUACCCAUAUCCCUGAUAGUGUUGCUCGUGCAGAACUGGAUUUUCGGACGGUUCCUGUGCUACUUUUUGCCCAUGUUACAGGAUGUUCCCACGCACGUCAUCACGUUGACGUUCCUGUUGAUGGCUAUCGACAGAUACAAACAUUUAAAACAUCCCAGCAAAAUGAGAUUACCGCCUUUGACGUGCACGGUCGGCUGUUGGAUUGUCGCUUUUUGCAUCGUACUUCCCUAUCCCGUUUACACGGCGUACUUGGACUUGGGAAUUUACAUAAAAGUGCAGUUCGAAGGCGUGGGCAUAUGCGCUGUGAACAUGGCCGACGACAUGCAAGACUAUCUCCGCAGCUUGUUUGUUCUCACAUAUCUUAUCCCGCUGCUUUCCAUGGGGUACCUAUACUCGAAAAUGUCGGACAUCCUUCGCGGAUUAAUGAACGUACCGGCCGUGUUUUAUUCGCAAGACUCCAUUUCGAGAAAUCCAGGGACACCAAAUUUGAGCGACUUCCAAUCACCGAACAGCGAUUCGGAGGACACGGAAAUCGACGGCUACAAAGAAUCGAAAACUCAAAAAUAUUUGAUUUCUAUGGUGGCCGCUUACGCCGUGUGCUUGUGCCCUCUCAUGGUCUUAAGACUAGCAAAGCUUGAAGUGGCCGAAACGUACGAGAACAGCAGACACUUUGACUUGACGUUCAUGAUAUUCGUUUGGUUGGCGUUCUUGCCAACGGUUACCACACCUUUGCUGUUCAUUGCUUGGAACUCCGACAGCUCGACCAAAGAAAGGAUUCGAAGUUAUUUCAAAAGAACAAAAGUGACCGCCGAUCAGACGACGAGGUCAAUGUCAAUGGAAGGCCUGGCCGCCCGUAAUUCGAUUUACACGGUCCAAGAAAGCAUCCCUUAGUGAACAUUUUUUUUUUUUUUUGUACACGAGGCGUCUAUAGUUUCAAAACCAUCUAAAAGACAUUAUGUAAACGUGUUUUUUGUUUUUGUUUUUGUUAAGUGGCAACACUGUAAUACCAUCUGAAGAAAUUAUUUGUUGUUUGUGAACAUUUUGCAAACAUUGAUUUUAGCCGGUUUUUUUGAAACUAGACGUCUCAAUCAUAUUAAUUAUAUUACAAACAAAUGCACAAACAAUUUUUUUUUUUUUUAAUUUAUAACAAAAAUAAACAAUAAUAAUAAUAAUAAUAGUAAUAAUAAUAAAA